AUGGCAGACUCUUGGAACACUGAUACUGGAGAAGCUGUCUAUCGGUCCUGGGAUGCUGUGAAAAACUUGAGGGUAAAAGUGCGUAUAGAGAGGGUGACCUCCACAGCAGCACUCUCCCAGCACCUCCAGCAGGACGUUCUGUCCCAGCAAGACAGAGGAUCCAUUGAACUGGAAACCCUCACCUCACAAUGCCAGACAGGUGAUAAUGAGGAGGAACUGGAGUUGGGCUGGCAGGAGAAACUCUUCAGUGAGUAUGAGAUGGAGCUGUUCAAGAACAAGGCAGCAUGUCAGACUCCUCUGGACCAGCAGUACCACACAGAAGUCAAGGCCCUGAGGGGGGCAAAGGGCCGACAAAAUCACAGGCUCUUCACACACACUGAUCAUGAAUGCUACACCACAACCCUUCCACUCCACCAGAUGCAGCACUCCAGUGACGUAUUGACCACAACCAAAUCAGGCCCCACUUUCCUGGCAGAAAGGAUGGCCGCAAUAAGACACAGAUGGCAGGACAGACGCACAAAGGUAUCUAGUAUCCCCAAGUCAAAAAUCAUCAACUGGGAGCCCUCAGAGGAGUUUGUGAAGAACAGUCAUGUGGUGAAUAAUGCUAUGCAGACCAUGCACAUCAUGGGAGACCUGGGCCCCCCUGGAAGACUGGGUCACAAAGAUAAGGAAUAUUUGCUCUGUACAAUAAAAACAGAUGGCAGUGGAACAGUCGUCGUAAAACCGGACUUCAACAAAGGCAGAGAGCCCUACAGGAUUGUAACAGAGGGGGAAAGGAGAGAAGUUUGGCGACUCACUGUGGAGAAUGUAUCCACAGCAAUGAAACCAGAGGAAAAAGAACGGGAGCAGAACAUGUACAAAAAUCUGUAUGUAAGGCACAAGGAUUACCUCAAUAGCCUUGUUGGACAGGACUUUGAAAUGCUUCCUUUAGGUAUUCUGCGUUACUUUAUGAAUGGAGAAAUAGUCUCAGCUCAAGGUUUUGAAUAUGAUAACUUAUACAUCCACUUCUUCAUGGAGCUGCCCAACAAUUGGUCCAGCUUGCCUUCCCAGUCUCUCUCCAGGGUUACCCAGACCUGCCAAACUAAAACACAAGGGAAGGAAAAUGUAGCUUUCUUCAGUCACCCCUUCAGCUUUGAGGCUUUCUACAUGAAUGAAAAAGAGAGUGAAAAACCAGUUCCACAGUGGCCAGUGCUCUACUUCAAGGUCCUUUCUCUGGACUCCUGGCAGCGCUAUCGAACUGAAGGCUGUGGAUAUGUUCUAUUUCCUGCCAUACCUGGUAAUCACAAAGUAACAUGCCAUACAUGGAGACCCCUUCAGACGGGGAAAGUCUCUGCUCUGAGACGCUUCUUUAUUGGAGGUUCUCCAGAGCUUGAAGACCACAGCUAUGUCCGAAUACCAGGGACUUUCAAGGGAGAGAGGCUGAGUCGCAUUGGCUUUUCCACUGAAACCACAGGAAGUGUCACCUUUAAUUUGCACUGCAUCCAGCAAGCCAUGUCAUUUGUUGAUGCAGCCAUGUUGAAUAAGAGUAGGCAGAAAGUUUUUGAUCAUUUGGGAGGAUUUAGUCAGCAAGGAGCUGUCAGCACCAUUCUGGAAGCCUUUCACAGAGCCAGAAGAAAGAUGCAAGUCGCCAGAGAAAGCCUUCACAGAGGGUUUAACAACACCACCUCCCAACUACAAAUCGAAUCUUCUAGCAGGCCGAUCCAACAUAGGAUGAGUCAGGACCAAGACGAUGAAAAAAGCCCGCCAGGGUCAUCAUCGCGAAAUACUACAACUGGCUUGGUAAUGACUUCCACACCAACAAGAGCGUGUGUGAGGAGAUCGCCAUCAUCCACAGCAAGAAGCUCCGCAAUAAGAUCGCUGGGCCAGCCACACACAGACCUACUCCCCAACACAGAGCCUACCCAGAUAGCUGCUGACUCUGGACCUCCAGACCGGCAAAACCGUGUUACAGUCACACCGGUUUUACGGCUCUGUUCCCGAUACCGACCGUGUCCAGGCUGUGUACUCAGGAGUGGGCGAUGUCAUUGGAACUCAUGGUCAGCCAGCAGAAUCAAAGCAGUUACGGGCCGGAACCGUGGGAACGGGGGGACACGGAAUCCUAGCCGUGCUCGCCGCUGGCUUCUGGGCCCCCCUGAGGAGCGGCCCCUGACCAGGCGAGAAGACGCUCCAUCCAGCAUCGUCUUCCUCUCCGCCUGCCUCUGGAGAGCCUCCAGCCACGUCUGCUCUCCACUGCCUGCUCCGGGUACGUGGCUGCGAAGUCCUCCACCAACUGUACCAGCGCCAUCUCCACUUGCCGGGCCGCGUCUCUGGCUGCGUGGAGCCCAACAUUGGGCAAUAGACCAUGCCACCAGGGUCUGA